CAGAUCGAUACGGGACCAAGAAGGUCAGCUGAACAAACCGUAUCUCAGGUGAAUAGUCCUGCCCAGUGGCUGCAUCUCGUUAAGGCACACUCACGAUGUCGUCCCCUCUCCACGACGCUGCAGAGGUAGGAGAUAUCGACAAAGAGCGUCGCCUGCUAGAAAGUCAAAUAUACUAUGUAAACGAGAGGACAGACAUGGGUGGAUGGGGUGGACUUGAUGGCUGGACACCUCUUCAUUACGCUGCUUUGUGUGGUCACUGUAAUGCCGCAGCUCUCCUCAUCCAGCACGGAACUGAUCCCUCCAGUACUGACAAGGAUGGCAGGACGCCUCUUCAUUGCGCUGUUAUAUGUGGUCACUACGAUGUAGCAGCUCUCCUCAUCCAGCACGGAGCUGAUCUUUCCAGUACAGACGAAUAUGGCUGGACGCCUCUUCAUUACGCUGCUGAGGGUGGUCACUGCGAUGUAGUAACUCUCCUCAUCCAGCACGGAGCUGAUCCCUCCAGUACUAACAAGCUUGGCAGGACGCCUCUUCAUUGCGCUGCUAGAGUUGGUCACUGCAAUGCAGUAACUCUCCUCAUCCAGCACGGAGCUGAUCCCCGCCGUGAAGACAUUGUAGGAUGGCGGGACGCCUCUUCAUUACGCUGCUCAUUUUGGUGA